AUGUUCGAAUCCAUACUGCCUGGUCCUCCGGACGUCAUGUACGACCUCAAGGUGCGGGCUGACAACGACACAUCCUCGGCCAGGGUAGACCUUGGUGUUGGUAUCUAUCGCAACAACGCUGGCCAGUACCAAGAGCUUCAGGUGGUCAAGAAGGCGAAGAAGAUUUUGGCGCAGAAUGAUCCUGGUCACGAUUAUGAGGUCACCACAGGCAACGAGCUGUUCUUGCGAAACGCGGCGGAGCUCAUGUUUGGCAAAGACUGCCCGCGUCUGUCGUCCAACCACAUCGCCUCGGUUCAGACCAUCUCAGGGACGGGCGCUGUCCAUCUCGCUGCGUCUCUACUGACGCAACUAAGCCCGACGACGAACCCACCGACCGUAUACGUUGGCGUUCCAGCAUGGGGAAAUUACAAACCUCUGAUGAAGCUCGUCGGCCUUGACGUUGUCGAGUACACGUACUAUGACAGCGUCAAGCGAUCCAUCGACUUCCCAGCCAUGCUGCGGGCAGCGCGCGAUGCCCCCUCAGGCAGCGUCUUCGUCCUUCAAGGCUGCUGUCACAACCCAACUGGCGCAGAUCCGAGUCCUGCGCAGUGGAAUGAGCUUGCACUGUGCCUGAAGCAGGGCGGCCACCUUCCGCUGCUCGACGUCGCAUACCAAGGACUGGGCGACGGACUGGAGGAGGACGUGUACAGUGUGAGAGCGUUUGCCCGCCGGGGUUUCGACAUGUUGGUGUGUCAGUCCUUCUCCAAGAACUUUGCCCUGUACGGCGAGAGGUGCGGUGCGCUUCACGCGGUCUGUGGCGAUGCUCGACAGGCUGCAAAUGUGCGCGAUCGGCUUCGCUGUCUUAUCCGCUGGGAGUUCUCGUCUGCGCCGGCGUUUGGCAGUCGGCUUGUGAACAUUACUCUGGGAUCGGAUGCUCUCACGACGCAAUGGCAAGAGGAGCUUAGGGCCAUGCAGGAAAGAAUCAAGACACUGCGACAAAAGUUGCAUUCCCUGCUCGCUCAUCAACUCCAGACACCCGGAGACUGGAGUCACAUUACGAGGGAAACAGGACUCUUUUCGUGCGUGCUCGGAGCGAACGUCAUGCUAACAAGGUUUUACAGAUACUUGACGCUCACACCCGUACAGUGCAAGAAGCUCAUUGACAAAUACCACAUCUACCUACCUCCGAACGGUCGAAUCAAUGUUUCCGGAUUGAACGAGUCAAAUCUAGGCAAGGUGGCGACGGCCAUUGAUCAGGUGGUCAGAGAAUCUCUGGGCCUUGUCAGGGCGAAUCUGGCGUAA